CUUCCACAGGUGCUUUGCUUAGCCGCCCUUAUCGCCGCUGUAGUCGCGUAUGACUACCACCAUGGUCCCGCGUACUCAUCUCAACACAUCUCUCGUCACGAUUAUGGUUAUGGACAUGGAUACGGCCAUGACCAUGACUACUAUGCCCACCCCAAAUAUCAGUUUGACUACAAAGUAGAAGACCAUCACACCGGCGACAUCAAGUCUCAGCACGAGAGCCGCGACGGUGAUGUUGUAAAUGGCUACUACGCUCUCCACCAGUCCGACGGUAACGAAAGACAAGUACACUACCAUGGCGACAAGCACACCGGAUUCCACGCUGAUGUCAAAUACAACGUUGUGCUCCAAGAUGGUCUUCGUCGAGGCACCCAGCGCUCGGCUAACGAACCUGUCGAUUGUGCCAUCACCGUCGUCAGUGUAGUAGACAUAUCUACAGAAUUUUUAAUACUUCUUCUACAGGUGCUUUACUUAGCCGCCCUUGUCGCCGCUGUAGUUGCGUAUGACUACCAUCAUGGUCCUGCGUACUCAUCUCAGCACAUCUCUCGCCACGAUGUCGGACAUGGAUACGGUCAUGACCAUGACUACUAUGCCCACCCCAAAUAUCAGUUUGACUACAAAGUAGAAGACCAUCACACCGGCGACAUAAAGUCUCAGCACGAGAGUCGCGACGGUGAUGUCGUAAAGGGCUACUACGCUCUCCACCAGUCCGACGGCAACGAAAGACAAGUACACUACCAUGGCGACAAGCACACCGGAUUCCACGCUGAUGUCAAAUACAACGUGCAUCACGUCGCUCCUAAACAUUACCAUUAUUGAGUAUUUGUUAGCCGCACAUUGUUGUCCAAGCAUCUUGGAUAUAUUGUUAAUAUUUGAUAUAUUUUUUUAUAUGAAUAAAAGCAAAUUAUU